ACUGUUUCAAUCCACCGGUUUCAAACGUCUUGAUGCUUCUUUGUUGUUACAAUAUUGACAUUUUUCUUCUCAGUAACGUAGAAUGAAUUUUCGGGGUUUGAAAUAAUUUAAAACCACCGCCACUGCAGCGCUUCUGCAUUCCUACGAUUUUACGCAAAUUAUUUUCUUCUUUUUAUUACCUGAAGAAUUUCCAUAAGUGGUAAUGGCGGAUCCAAAGAGAAGAACAGACGCACGCUACAGGCGUACUCGUGAGGACCCGGUAUACAGCAUGGUGAAGCUACCACGCCGUAACGAAGCCAUUUAUGCUGUGACGUCAGAUAGUUCUGACUAUGAUGAGGAGAGAAAGAAAAAGGAUUUAAUACCAAGUUUGUGGUGUGGUCUGGCGAUAUUGUUGAUAUUGUUAAUCAAUAUGACGUUACAUCAUUACCUCUACAACGGAUUGCCAACGCCACUUACAGUCAAUGACUUAGUAGCUGGCAAAGAUCUCUUUAUCACCGAGAGAGCUAAGUCUGAUUUAACUGGGUUGGCAGAAAUAGGAGAGAAGAUAGUUGGUAGUUAUGAGAAUGAAGUUCUUGCUGUGGAAUACUUGAGCAAUCUUUUACAAGAAAUUCAGGCCGAAGUGACAAAUAACAAGACUGUCCAAAUUGAUGUCGCAAGAGGUAGUGGUGCUUAUUUUAUAUCCAAUCGUCGUUCGUUUACGAACGUUUACCUCAAUGUUGGCAAUGUGAUCGCUAGAUUGUCGGAUGGAGAUAAUUCCAGUGUGGCUCUACUAGUGAAUUGUCAUUAUGAUUCGCAUCCUUCCAGUCCGGGUGCAAGUGACAAUGGCAUAAACUGUGCAGCAAUGCUCGAAGUACUUAGAGUUUUAUCCCAAAGUCAAACUACAUUGACUCACGACAUCAUUUUUCUGUUCAACGGUGCCGAAGAAAAUCCAUUGCAAGCAUCUCACGCCUUUGUAACUACUCAUCGUUGGGCGGCAGACGUACGCGUAUUCCUCAACUAUGAUUCGGCAGGAUUUGGCGGUAGAGAAGCACUUUUUCAAUCUGGUCCAAAAGAUCCGUGGCUUGACGCAUAUUAUGCCUCCGCUGCUCCUCACCCCCAUGCAUCAGCAGUUCUUACCGACUUGUUUGAGAGUGGCUUGGUCCCAUCUGAUACCGAUUUUAGGAUAUUCCGAGAUUUUGGAAACCUUCAUGGCCUGGAUAUGGCCUAUUAUGCAGGUGGCCACGUUUACCACACGCUGUAUGAUGAUUAUCAAAUAAUCCCAGACGGAUGCUAUCAACACACCGGAGACAACAUGCUGGCACUAAUUAAAGCCCUAGGUAACGCACCAGAACUUUUGGAAAGUUCUGUCGAGGGUAGUUCAGUAUACUAUGAUUUCCUGGGAUUGUUCGUUAUUCGAUAUUCAACCACGAUUGCGAUUAUACUGAACGCACUGACAGCACUUUUGGCCCUUGCUUCACCCUUUUGGCCAAUUCCCGGGUGCAGCAUCAAAGACACGGCAAAAAGCCUUGGAAUAAGCUUGUCCUUCCAGAUAUUGGGGAUUCUAUUAGGACUUGGACUCUCUGUCUUUUUUGGCAUGCUGCUUGACUGGACAGACAAUGCAAUGAGCUGGUACAGUAAUCCAGGGCUAUUGAUUGGAUUAUUCGUUGCACCGACUAUGAUUCCGAUGCUGGGUGUUAAUUGGGCACUGACUGCUCAACCUAUAGAGCAGGUGAUCUCAAACCGUUUAGGUACUGGACAACGAGUACAGCUAAACACACAGGCUGUAGGAAUGUUAUGGGCAAUCAUUUUAAUUGCAUUGACAAUUUAUGGUUUGAAAUCAGCAUAUGUAAUAGCUAUAAUUGUUGGAUUUGUAUCUGCAGCCAACAUUAUUACUUCAAUAUUCAAACUGCAAAGACUUGUCAGAGUUUGGCUCGCGAUUUUUAUCGGUGUGGGGUUGUUCAUUCCAACUCUGUAUUUGCUGUGGCUCGGAUCAAUGCUGACCAGUUUUUUACCAAUAAUGGGAAGAUCAGGGUCUCAAAUCACUCCUGAUCUCUACAUAUCCCUGAUUAUGGCUGUGGUAACUUCAAUGAUCGGCAGUUUUUGGGCACCUUUGAUAGCUGUCGUUCGAAGGCCGCAGGUUUUAGUACUUGGAUUUUCAUUAGCUGCUGUUAUCACUGUCUUAGCAGCUACUGUCACAACAUAUGGUUUUCCAUACACAGUUGAUCUCACAAGUCCAAAGCCACAACGGUUUUGGCUUAUUCAUACGGAAAGAACUAUGUAUGAUAUUAAUGGGAAUGUGACAUAUAAUGAUGGGGGAUUCUGGAUUCAAAAUCUAGAUCGGAACGGUCCGAGAACAGUUGAGAAAUACAUAUCUGAAUACAGCAAUGCUACAACUGUAGCAGAUGCGUGCCUGGAUACAAUCUACUGUGGACUUCCAAUCUGGAAGGGUAGAGACAUGGGCAUGUUAAAUAAGAGCUUUUGGAUACCAAGUGAAGUGCCAACCGUUCAGUUGUAUCAACCAUCGGCACUUUUAGGUGUUUGGAAUGACACAACUACAGAAUCAAGGCGGUUGUACCUGAAUUUAACAGGGCCCGACCAUAUGAGUCUGGUGUUUGCACCGAGAGACGGCGUAACUUUAUCCAACUGGUCAUUGCUCGAAGAAGUUCCUACGUCAACUAUGUGGAAUGGGAGAUCGGUUUACUUUGUGCUUCACGACUAUGCUGUAGAACCGGAAACUGCUGUGGAAAUUUGGUUAGACUUAGUGGUUGCAGAUGGAGUAAAUCCAGUUAUUGAUAUCUCUCUAAAUGCUCAUUAUGUGCAUAACACGACAAGUGCGAGCACACCUUAUGCCUCUAUUCUCAAACAGUUGCCACUGUGGGUUGCUCCACUUCAUUGGUCAUCUACUUACAAAUCUUAUAUUUUUUAGAAAAAAGAAAGUUUUAUUUUAGUUACUGGUUAUUUUAUUGAACUGGGGCCUGAGAACACAACUUGAAUAUUGGUAGUUAAAUUAACUUGGAGUAUACGACUUGACAUGAAGCUUUAAAACUUAACUUGAAAAGAUAAGACUAUUGUGAUUUUGGGAAAACUUUUCUGGAAUAAGAAAGGUGAACCAUCAGUAUGUAAUAGCUUUCAGUGUUAAUAGUAAGAGAUAUCAUAGUUUCAUACCAGUAUAAAUGUGAGUUAGUAUGUCCGAUAUUUAGUCGGAAUCAAAGGUUUGGGGGACCCAAC